AUGGCGUCUGGAGCUAAGAAGUCAGGAGGAUUCACUUGCAGCGUCCCAGGCUGUUUUAACAACGAUAAACGCAACAGGGGUAUUUCUUUUUAUAAAUUUCCCAAAGACAAGAAACUGAAAAAAAUAUGGCUUCAACAAAUUUCAAGAAAAGACUUCAAACCGACAAAUGGUCAUCGAGUUUGUAGUCAACACUUCGAAGGUGGUAAGAAGACUUACUUGAACAACGUUCCAACAGUAUUUCCACUCUCAAAAACACACCAAAAGGUGAAUACGGAACCUCGAAGAACGCUCAUCCGUGUCAACACAUCAGCGAGGACGGCUAAUACGAUCCCCUCUGACAGAUCCAGCGAGGCAGUAAAUAUUGAAGGUGGGAAAGAGUUAACUGAUCCUGAUGCUCCACUUGCUGCUGAACUCAUACAAAUGGAGGAGAAACUUGAAAAGUUACAAAAUGAAAUGAAAGUGUUAUCUAUCAAAAAUGAAGGUUUGCAGAAUGAAAUAGAAAGCUUGAAAUUUGGAUUCCAUCGAUUUAUUGGUUCAGAUGAUGAUAUGAAUUAUUAUACAGGAAUGAUUUCUCACCACUUUCUCGCUCUUUUUGCAUUUCUGAAUGCUGGAGACAUUUGUUCACGCUUAAGGUAUUGGGGCUCAAACAACUCGAGCAUACAAUUUCCUGAAUUGGAGAAAAAAGGCCAGAAACGCUCAUUAGAACCAAAAGAUGAACUUUUUUUAACUCUGGCUCGCCUCAGGGUGAAUAUUCCCGAAAAAGUUUUGGCUGAUAAUUACAAGAUUAGUGUGGCAGAGGUAUCUAGAAUAUUUGUCACCUGGUUGGACUUGAUUUACUCCAGAUUAGUACAGCUACCAACAUGGGCUUCAAAGAGCACCUUCCAAAAGACAAUGCCAGAAUGUUUCCGUGAAAAAUACCCAUUAACUCGAGUAAUCAUUGACUGUACUGAGAUUUUUAUUGAAAAACCAUCGUGCUUCAGAGCUCAGUCAGGAACAUAUUCUUCUUACAAAAGCCAUAAUACCGCAAAAGGUCUAAUAGGCAUCGCUCCACAUGGAACUGUUACCUUUGUUUCCGAACUGUAUGGGGGACACUAUAGCGACAAGGCAAUUGUGGAGGACUGUGGUAUACUACAACUUUUGGACGAAGGUGACUCAGUCAUGGCAGUUAGAGGUUUUGAGAUCCAGGACUUGCUAGCAAAAAAGAAAGUGUACUUGAACAUCCCACCAUUUAUGCGGUGCAAAGAUCAGUUGAGCCCAGAGGAAGAGGAUGAAACCCGUGAUGUAGCUUCAGUAAGAAUCCAUGUGGAAAGGGCGAUUGAGCGUGUAAAAAAUUACAACAUUUUGACACAGAUCAUUCCUAACUCUAUGGCAGAGGACUUAAACAAAAUUUGGAAAGUGUGUGCUUUAUUAACAAACUUGAAAGGAUGCCUUGUUACAUAA